AUGCGGCGCGGAAGAGUGUCGACGUCUGCGAGGGCACUGGCCAACUCGGACGACCGGGUCUCUGUCUUUGUCCGUGUCCGCCCGCUGGUGGGCGUGGAGCUGGCCGGCGGGCCCGACGGCGGCAAGGCACACAAGUGCGUGGUGCUGGAGCCUGCAUCAGCGUCGCUUGCGCUGGAGACGCCGUGGGAUGCGCGGGUCUACUCGUUUGCCUACGAUGCUGUGUUUGAUACCACCACGCCGCAGGAUGCGGUGUACGCCGCCGUCGCCGCCCCCGUCGUCGAGGCUGUCCUCGAAGGCCGCAAUGGGACUGUCCUUGCCUACGGCCAGACCGGGACCGGCAAGACCCACACGCUGGCCAAGCUCGAGCCACUCGCCGAGGCCGGCAUUAUUCCGCGCGCUGUGGCCCACAUCUUCUCCUACGCCGCCGCGCACCCUGACCAGGACGUCCGUGUCGUUCUCUCGCUGCUCCAGCUCUAUCGCGACGCGCCGCAGGACUUGCUCGCUCGCCGCGCGCCUGACACCGCCCCGCCGCUCUCUAUCCGCCAGCUCAAGGGCGGCGCCGUCUACGUCCAGGGAUUGUCCAAGCAUCCGGUCGACUCGGUCGACGCCGUCCUCGAGCUGCUCGACAUUGGCUACGCGCGCCGCGCUAUCGAGUCGACCCGGCUCAACGAUGUCUCGUCGCGGGCGCACACCAUUCUGCGGCUCGAGGUCUCGCGACGCGACCCAUUUAGCGGCUCGCGAACCCACGGCGUCUUUACUUGCGUCGACCUUGCAGGCUCGGAGCGAGUCAAAAAGUCGCGCUCCCGCGGCGCCCGUCUCGACGAGGCCAAGUUUAUCAACAAGUCGCUCACAGCGCUCGGCAACGUCAUCGCCUCGCUCGCCGACCCCGGUGUCAGCUACAUUCCCUAUCGCGACUCCAAGCUCACCCGCCUUCUCCAGGACUCGCUUGGCGGCAACUGCGUCACCGCCCUCAUCGUCAACAUUGGGCCGGCCGUGACCUCGGCCCACGAGUCGGUCAGCUCACUGCAGUUUGGCCAGCGCGCCAUGCGGGUCGAGGCCCGCGCCCACAUCAACUACGACGAGACCGACGCUGACAAGUCCAUGGCUGCCCGCCUCGCCUCGGCCCACGCCGAGCUCAACGCCGCCCGCGACCGCAUCCGCGCCCUCGAGCAGGCCAAGUCGCGCCUCGAGGCCCGGCUCCACGCUGUCGCCACCUCGCCCGUCCGCCGCGUGGUCUCACCCUCUCGCUCCGAGUUUGAGCUCCUCGAGACAAACGCCCAGCUCGAGCAUGAGAUCGAGCUGCUGGUGGCCGAGAACGAGGCGCUCCGCGCCCAGAUCCGAGCCUCGCCGGCGGCUUCUCCGUCACGCCGCGUCUCGCCGGGCAAGGCCGACGCUGUCCUCCGCGCUGCCGACGCUGUCGCCGUCCGCGCCCGCGACGCGCUCGUUGCCGCCGCCCGCGAGCGCCAGGCGCUAGCCCAGCUCGCUGCGCUCUCGCCGUCGGCGUUCCGGCCUCCGCUGAAGGAGGCGGUCCGCACGGCCCCGCCGCUCUCACCUGCCCAGGUUGCGCUCGUGGCUUCCCCAAGCGCCGGCGCCGCGCUCUGGUCGUUUGACGACGAUACGUCACCCGGCAUCGAUGCCGUCCGGACCUCGACGCUCAACCCGACCACGCCGCCGCAGCGGCCGGUUCCGCUCGAGACCGCUACCCCGCUCACUCCGGCACAGGCUCCGCGUCGGGCCUCCUCGUCGUCGACAGCGUCGUCGCCUCCGCAGGUCAAGACUCCGUCGCACACCCACACCCACUCGCACUCGCACACUCGCUCGCGCAAGUCGCAUUCGCGCAGCUCUCGCUCGCGCAAGUCGCGCUCGCGCAGCUCGCGCUCGCACAAAGCCAAGGCUAAGGACAAGAGCUCGUCAUCCCACGCCUCGCCGUGGUACCGCGCACCGGUCGGCCUCGGCUCGGCGCCGUCGGAGUCGACCGGCACACCGUCCAAGGCCAUUCGCUCCAUCGAAGACGAACUCGCUGAUGACGACCGGCGGCUUCAGUUUCUGGCGUCGCAGCACCAGCAGCAGCAGGAGCAAAUCGGCCGUUCUCCGCUGCGGAUCGCUACCGGCCGGGCGUCGGUCAACGCCGCGCCGGGCUCGGGUACGGGCCCGCUGGUCCCACGCCAGGACUCCCUCGCGUUUUGAAUGAAAGGCAC